AUGCGGAGCGACCACCACGUCCGGCCGCCGCCCACCGACUCGUUGCUGUGGAGCGGCGCCCCUGCAUCUUGGACUAUAGACGACGACAGGGAUGACGCGAGCUUGCUGUCGCCCGGCAGCGAUCCCAGACGUCGCCACGGCGACCGGACAGGCCGGUGGACAGCGGCCGAGCGACAUCGAUUCAUGCAAGCUGUGCAAAUGUUUCCGUGCGGUCCGUGGAAGCACGUCCGCGCAGUCGUCAAGACGCGGUCCAUUCGACAGAUACAAACCCACGCGCAAAAGUUGCGGGAAAAGGCUGCGCGCCACGACCGUGGGCUUAAAAUCAACGUUCGCGACCACACCACGGUCCAGUUGCCACCAUUCUUUAUGUCGAGGGGGCGUGGGGCAGCCAGAACGACAUGUCUUCCCGUGGCACCGACGGCUCCGCCGGCGCAUGACAAGGACCAAGAAGGGCCAUCGCCCAACGACGUGCCGCUGCUGGACGACUGUCUCGACUUUUUCAUCCAACUCAUGCCAGCCAGCCACGAGCCAGAGGCUGCCAUGCCGCCCUGA